CGCGGUGCUCAACCAACACAGCUGCAUGAUGGCGGUGCUGCGCAUCAUCGAGGAGAACAUCCCUGAGCUGCAGUCCCUUAACCUGAGCAGCAAUAAACUCUACCGCCUGGACGACCUUUCGGAGCUGGCGCAAAAAGCUGCCGGGCUGAAGAUCCUCGACCUGUCGCGCAACGAGGUGAGAACUGCAGCUUUGCGGGGCUGGAAAGGGAUUUGGGGGUCACCAAACCCAACCCCAACCCCUUCCUGCCAUGAAAAUGUGGAAUGAAGGUUGGGGAGGAUC